AUGUUAAAAGUCGAUGGGUAUUCGUUGCAUGUACCGAGGCCAAAGGGUAUCACAAGUGGUACCAGAUUCAAUGCAUGGGUGGUUUGCCAGUUUGCUAAAGAUCAGUCUCUUGAACAUUUGUUAGCUAUCGGUGAUGAAAAUGGCUUUAUUCACUUCUUGGAUGCUCGAGAAGAUGCUAUAACAAAUUCAAUUUCUGCCGAUCGAAGUUGUGUAAUCGAUGUGUCAUUUGUUGCAAAUCGUCCGAACAAUUUACUUUCUAUAUCUGGCCAUGCAAAAGUAACAUCAUGGGAUAUUGAACGACAACUUGUGUUGCAGCAAUUUUUGGGUCAUGAAGGUUCGGUCCGCGCUCUUUCUAUAUCAGAUGAUAAUCCUGACCUUUUUGCAACGGGGGCUCGAGAUGGAACAAUUUGCAUUUGGGAUCGACGAGAACCACAAGCUACUGUUGUGCGUCCCUUCAAUCUUCUGGAAAAUACACAUCCUUUACUAGCUCCUGAACGCCAAAGUAUUGGGACGAAGCGAAGAUCGCGUAUGUCAGUUUCGAUGAGUUCAAAAGGAAUCACUUCUUUAGUACAUUAUGGUAGAAAUACCCUAAUAUCAGCAUCUUCGUCUUUCAAAACAGGUAUUCGCUUUUGGGAUCUCCGUUAUCGUGGCAAAAAUAGUCCAUUUCGUAUUCUUGAAGAUCCUAACGGUACUUCAAUUCGUGAUUUUGGUAUUGCCUCGAUAUGUCUUGAUCGCUUUAGCUCAUCACUUUUUGUUGCAUCAACAGACUCAAAAAUUUAUCAAUACAGCGUUCAGGGAUUAAAUAACUCACCAGUUGGUAUUUUACAAGGAGUCAAGCGAACGUCUUUCAACACAUAUGAUUUUAAAAUUGCUGCCUCACCAAAUUCUGAUCAUGUAAUGUUUGGCGGUGGUGAUUGCUUCGCUGUUAUUUGGGAUUUACAGGAAAAAUAUUCCAGUUCUAACACGAGUAAAUUGAAGUAUUUGCCUUAUCCGAAAUAUACAUUAGGUGGUCAUCGCUAUGAGGUCACUGUUGCGAGAUUCAGCAACUAUGGACGUUAUAUUGCUACAAUGGAUGAUUCGUAUCUGAAAAUUUGGAAAUGGAGUGCGAAAAAUUUUGAAAAUCAGGAAUCAUCCUCAAUCUCAGUACAUCAGGAUCGUGUUGAAUUAUAUGAAUUGCCUGAAACAGCUAGGGCUGAAAUGUCAAUGAAGCAGUUGAAUGUAUCAGUUUCAGUCCCAAAGAAAAACACGGAACGGAGUCCCUUUAAAAGUCCAUUUAAAAAUCCUCUAAAUCGAGUUGGUGUGGAAGCAAAAAGUGGAAGCCAGUCGCCAGUGAAAAAAAUGUUCAAGGUCACGGAAUCAAUGUCUCCACCACUGUGUGAUCUAACUAACAAGUCAAGCCAUGCUGCACGAAAACUUGAUUUUUCCGGAAUCGAGAUGAAGAAUCGAGUUCCAUGUGCCUUCUAUUUCAAGUAUCCAACGAUGAAUUUACCAGAUUUUGUCAAGGAAAGACUUGCUGUGUCGAACGUGAAUUCAGAGUCGGAAACGACUGUAUUAGACAAAGGAAGAAGUCCAGAACUGAACGAACAUUCGUCAAAUUCCGAUCGACCGUCCAACUGCUCAAAUAUGAUUUCGAUGGAGGAACGUGUCGAUCGCACAUCUCCUCGUAAAAUUCGCGUUAAACGAAGUUUACGGAAGUCACGUGAACAUACUCAUCGGCAAUCAACAAAAAUGCCAGCGAAAUCUCGCGCUGAUUCACAAAGUUCAAGACGUUUGCACUCUCAGAAUUCUCCAACUGAUAUACGCCAGUUGACACCAAAACCAAGGAAAAAGAAUGGGACACAACGAACACUUGAUCAGUAUUUCAGCAGAACACCACGAACUUAUUAG